ACCAUCGGCCGCUUUCAAAGCGAGGCCAAGGAGAUCGCGGCCCACAUGGCUCUCGUGGGCCUCGCCAUGCUUCUCAGCAACGUCGUCAUCGUCGGUAGCCUGGGCAUGUCGGCCACCAAGCAGUCGUCCCGCAUCCGCUAUUACUUCAUGCGCGCUAUCCUCCACCAAGAGGUCGCGUGGUUCGACACCCACACCGCCGUAGACGUCGCAGGACGCGUUACCGCAGACCUGGAGAAGAUCCACGACGGACUGGGCGAGAAGAUUGGCAUGUGCCUGUUCUUCCUGUCCACCGCAUCGGCCUCGCUCAUCUCUGCUUUCUGGCACGGCUGGCAGCUGACGCUCGUGCUGCUCGCGCUCGUUCCUUGCCUCGUGCUCAUCACCACCAUCAUCGCCAAGACCCAGAGCAAGCUGGAGGCCGAGGAAUCUGUCGAAUACCGCUACGCGGGAUCCGUGGCGUUGGAAGCGAUCACCUUUAUCAAGACCGUGAUCGCUUACGGCGGUCAGCAUAAGGAGAUGCAGCGCUACUCGGACCGUCUGGAUCGGGCCACACGGACGGGUUACCGCAAGGGCCUGGUUGCCAGCGUCGGCGUGUCCGUCAUCUGGACCUCCAUCUUCGCCAACUACGCGCUGGGCUUUUGGUACGGCAUCGAUCUCGUAGUGGGAGACUUCGAUCUCCCGCCCGGACAACGGAAGUACGAGACAAGCACGCUUAUAAUCGUGUUUUUCAGCGUUCUCAUGUUCUCCAUGAGUCUGGGACAGGCAACGCCGUACUUUCAUGCUUUCGCCAAUGCGAAGCGUGCCGCCGGGAAAGUCUAUCAGAUCAUCGAUAGGAAACCUGCCAUUGACAGCAGGUCUACUUCAGGGCUCAAGCCUAUGGAGUUCGAAGGUGCCAUCCAGUUCAACGAUGUCACAUUCUGCUACCCUUCGGUCACCGCCAGCCCACCGGCGCUGCAGAACUUCUCGCUGUCCAUCGAUCCCGGAGAGAUGGUCGCUGUCAUUGGGAGGAAGAAGUGUGGCAAGAGCACCAUUGUCAACCUUCUGCAGAGGUUCUAUGACGUCACUGAUGGACAGAUCCUGGUGGACCAGAAGGACCUGCGCGCGUACAACAUCGGCUGGCUGCGCGGCCAGAUGGGCGUUGUAGGCGAACGGCCCGUGCUUUUCGACGCUACGGUGUCGGAGAACAUCCGCCUGGGCCUGGGCACUGCCUCGCAGCACGACAUCGAACAAGCUGCCAUCGCCGCCAACGCACACCACUUCGUGCUCAAGCUGCCCAAGAAGUACGACACGAUGGUCGGCCCUCAUGGACACCCUCUGAACGUGAGCCAGACGCAGCGGCUGGGUAUCGCGCGCGCCCUGGUGCGCAAUCCACGCAUCUUCCUACUCGAUGACCACCCGGCCUCACUGGACGCCGAGACGGACAUGGCGCUGCAGGUGGCCCUUGACAAGGCUCGCGAAGGCCGCACGGCGCUGAUCAUGGCGCAGCGCCUGUCCACGAUCCGCUGUGCGGACCGCGUGGUCGUGCUGCGAGCCGGCCGCGUGGUGGACAUAGGCAGUCACACCGAGCUCAUUAAGAAGGGUUCGGCACCGUACAUCGACCUCAUCACCACGCAGAUCAACGCGCAGAAGGACGACGGGGCCAUGACACCCCCCCGGAAUCGGAUGAUCGUGCGCCGGGCGCGUGCCCUGCCGCUUCCGCAGUUUCGACCACAGCCCAUCCUGCGCAGGGCCUUUCAACAGGGCGACGUACGUGCUUGCGAUGACCACGUUGAUCGGUUCCAUUGCGGUGCUAUGCCGCGCGAGUGGGGCCAACGGGAACUCGCUGUCGACGGCUUCAUCGCCUCGACUUACAGCCGCAUCCAACAGUCGCGCCCUGCGAGUCCUGAUCGUCCGGCGGGAGCUGUCGACGCUAAGAAGACCGGCGGGGAAGCUGCUCCGACCAAAUCACCCGAGCUGGGCAAGGAAUGCGAGUCGCUGACCGCCAAGCUGAGCGAACUCACGAGACCCGAACGCAAGUACAUGGCCGCCGGAUGCGUCUGCUCGUUCUUCAUGGGCCUGUGCAUACCCGCGUACGCCAUCUUCCUCGGAGACAUGUUCCAGGGGCUGAGCACUGGCAGCCCAGAGUCGAUCAAGUCCAUCGCCUUGUUCUACUGCUUCCUCUUCCUCCUCGUCGGUGUCGUCACUGGAAUCUUAGCCUUCGUCCAGACGUUCACCUUCUCUGUUGUGGGCGAGAACCUCACCCGGAGGCUUCGUAUCUUGACAUUCUCGGCCAUUAUUAAACAGGACUUGGCGUGGUACGAAGAGUUGGAGAACACACCCGACGCCCUCCUCGGUUCCUUGUCCACGGACACGGCCCGUGUUCACGGAGGCACGUGCAGCAAGCUGACGUCGAUGUGCCAGGCGUUCUCAGCGCUCAUCGCGUGCCUGGUGAUGUCCUUCUACUGGGACUGGCACCUCGGUUUCAUCGUGCUUGCGUUCGUGCCCCUGGUGCUGCUUUCCACGUACCUGGAGAGCCGCAUGCUGCGAGGCAAGCUCAUAUCCUCCAAGCAGGCACUCGAAUACUCCACCAAGGUUGCCGCCGAAGCUAUUCAGAACAUCCGCACGGUGGCGUCACUGCACCAGGAGGAAGUCUUCUGCGCUAACUACAUGCUCUCACUUUUGGAGGCGCAGAGGAUCAUGAAACGCAAGGCUAUCGUGCGCGGAUUCACGUUCGGUGUGGCGCAGUGCAUCCCGUCAAUGGCGUACGCGACAUCGCUGCUUUACGGUAGCCUCCUCGUUGGACAAUGCGACCUCCAAUUCGGGAGCCUCCUCAAGGUGGUGGAGGGCGUGAUUCUCGGCACCGCCAUAGUGGGCCAAGCAGUGGCCUACUCGCCCGACUAUCACAAGGCCAAGCUCGCCGCCCAGAAGUUAUUCCGGCUGAUCGAUCGCGUACCGACCAUCGACUUCUCCGACAGGAGCGGCAUCACCUUGGACAUGGUGCGCGGCUUCCUGACGUUGAACGAGGUGAGCUUCUCGUACGCGGGCGAGCAAGAUGUCAAGGUCCUGGACCGCGUCACCUUCUCCGUGGAGCCCGGCCAACGGGUUGCCAUCGUCGGCACCGCCGGCUCGGGACGCACCACGGCCAUGUACCUCGUCGAGCGCUUCUACGACAUCGUCGACGGCGAGAUCCUGAUCGACCACAUCUCGACCAAGAUGAUGCGGCUGUCGUGGAUGCGUGAGCAGCUGGGCUACGUGAGCUCGGAAACUCUGCUGCGUAGCUACAACAUUGCCGACAACAUCGCGUACGGCGACAACAGCCGCGAGGUGUCACGCGACGAGGUGGUCGUGGCUGCGUGCCGGGCACAUGCGCACGACUUCAUCACGCAGCUGCCUCAGGGUUACGACACCGUGUUGCCGCCGCCGGGGGAGCCGCCGCUGCUCAGCGAGAGCCAGGCCAAGCGAGUAGCCCUAGCCCGGGCCUUGGUGCGGGACCCGCGCAUCCUUCUGAUCGACGACUCCGUCAAGGGUCUGGACGCCGAAAACCAGCAGGUGGUUCGCAACGCCAUCGCGGAAGCGAGCAAGGGGCGCACCUGCGUCAUGGUGUCGUCCAAGUUGUCCGUCAUCAAGGACGUCGACCGCAUAUUCGUCAUGCAGCGCGGCCGGGUGGUCGAGAAAGGCUCGCACGCCGAGCUGAUGCGGCGAGAGGGCGUCUACCACAAGCUCUUCACCGAAGAAGGAGCCGAGCAGUGAAGCCACUCCUUCGGCGGCGCCCACAUUCCUCUGCGACAAUUUUUGGUUGCCCACACAGACAUUGCUGGCAGAAUAUUGCUUCCAGUGCCGUUCCGUACAUUUUUUUUUUACUGCGAAUCCGCUUGAAAUUUUAACUAGCUUAUAUAUCCUGACUGUUCUAGCCCUACCCUCGAGGAGGCAUACUGCAGUGUAAAGUGUUAUGCUUAGAGUUCUCGUGCAAACGUAGUUUUAAGGCACCGCUCGUUCAACACCAGCGCGCCGCCUAGUGUUCCAGGUGCCUGGUGGUGGCCUGCAAACAGGCACGAAUGCGAACGACCGCAGCACUCAGCACCGACCGUGG